CCCUAGUUGCCCCCCCUUUACUCGGUUAGCUAGGCCUCGUUCGGAGAGCGUACCAGGAAGUUUUCUCAAGUUUUCUUAAAAAGCUAUCACGGUACAACCGGAAGGUUUACACGUUCCCGCUGAACCGUACCACCGGUACUCUAGAAUGGGCAUGCAGCCCGGAGCUGUGUCAAGUGGGUUCGACUCCGUAGUCAUGAUGUCGUAAAAACACCCAGGAGCGCCAUAAAAACACUAUGUAACAGUCGCCUACUUCGGUCACAUAUGAGGCUUAAGAAAAAUAGGCCCUAUAACCAUUGGCUCAAGAGUCAGGGACACUAUCUCUUGUGUUUUUCUACCUCAAGAACGGUCGGAGCCAAUUCGGUUCGCUUGCGACAUGAGACUAGAACCCGUUACAGCUUAAAGACUACUACCAAAAUAUCCUCCCACUCUAGAAAAUAAGAACGUCCCCAUACUUAAGUCUCUAAAUACCCAAAAUACACGAACGCCGUUAGAAACAGGGUCGGAACAAUCCGUUAAGUUACUUUUUAUUGGACAGUGGAACUUUGAUCCAUUUCAGAUGGAUCAACCUAAAACUCGCCUUAUCUCAACAUAACAAUCAUAAAACACACUCGAGAAAAUUAAAUUAGGGACUCACAUGUUGAUGCACUCGAGUACAAGGAGUAAUUAAAUUGGUAAGCAACUCAAGAAUUAGAUAAUAUAACUAGAUAAGUUUAAUACUGAUCAGUUUUGAUAACAGAAGUGAAUUCUGACUCUAGAAUCUGAGUUUUUGUAUGAACCAUUGGGACACUCAAGCUGUCCACCUUUCCAUUGAAGGUUCACUCUAGUUUGUUCCAAAUGGUUGUUCUCUCUUCUUUUUAUUCUCUCUCCUCCUAUUUCGGGAUAAGACAGCUCUACUCGUGUCUUGUUUUAUAUCUGGAAAUUGCGAAUAGCAAUUUCCCGCUGUUCUAUUCAAGCACUUUCCCGCGAUUGUAAAUCGGUCGUUCUGAUUCUUCUCUUUUUGUGUUUUCAGUUAAUGCGAGAAAACUGAGCAUGACAGGCUCCAUUCGAAAUUUUGAAAAAUAAAAACUUCACUCGAAAAUCACGUAUUUUCAUGUCCCUCAAUGUCAAACUUCCAGAUAUGACCGACUGGCACAUAACUUUUUUAUAUUGCGAAGAUUAAACUUCGCAAUAUCAAUAUAUCACACUAUGAAACAACAUUAGGUAAAGAUAUUUAACUAUCAGAAGUCGUGUUGAACAGUUAUUGCUUCAAUUUCCUCAAUGCAAUUCACGAAAAUCUGUUGAUUAGGAAACGAGAGUGCUUUUCAACUCAUUUGUCUGAUGUUUUCUAGUUGUCUCGUGAGUAAAAUGAGAUGCUACGAGAAUGUGCACGACUAUCCGGGUGCUUUUGAUGAUGAUAAUCCCAUAGUGCUGAAGUUCAUGCUGUUCAGAAACUGGGACUACUUUAAAAGACUUCAGUUAUAUUACAACUGCAGUGCAUUCGAGAAGUUUGAAACGGCUUCCGGCAUCAUUCAGCCCGCUUUUAGGCAUACUGAAAUGGAAGAAGGGUGGACUGGUCUGAAGCACUUCCUUAUCAACACCAAUCUCUUCGCAAUAGCCAUCAGUAAGAAGAAAGACCGACUGAAGCUGGUCAGAUUGAACAACAGCCGCAGCAGCAGAGAAGAGGAUGCGGUGUUGGCUGAUUUGUCUUUUGCAUCCUCGUGCACAGGCUGUGCAACUGCCCUCAUCAGGGAUCAAAUCCCCCUUGGCUUGCUGCACUCCUUUGUGUACGUGUACAUCAUGCGCCCUCAUCCUGGAGUGAAUGUGACUCUAGUGUCGUUUGACAGUGACAUGUCACAGUACAUCCGCACAGACCUCACUGUCAGCAACCUCAGCAUAGACAGAGACUUAGGACAGGGCAUCAAAUUCCUACAGGUGAACGGUCUAACGGUGCUACACAACUUCGUCUUCUUCGAAGUGAACUGUUUUAACCUGACAGAAUCUAGGGCAGUUUCCUACUCCAUGGCGCUCAAAAUCAAACAGGUGGCUGCAGUGCCAAAAUUAGAAUUAGUUCGCGUAGUGCAAACUGAACAGUACAAUUUGAAUGUCGCGUACCACGCGUUUGACAGAAAACUAUUCGUUCUAAAGUGCACGCAUUUCAAACCUACGGAGUCGCUUUACGAAGCAGUAACGACUAGACACAAUGAGUUCAAAUCAGUUCAUGUCUUGGAAACGCACACGAGAGAGCUGAAAUAUUACGCAUUUUGGUUGAACUAUUUGCUGUACGUAGACGAAAGUAGAAAACGGCUGCAUUUUUGGUCGCUGGGUGGAUCACAAGGAUUGGUGAGGUUAAAUGAGACGGUGGAAAACAGAGACAUUCAUCCACAUCUGCUAUCCGUUGUAAAUGGAGAUAUUUUGAGUGUCCGAACUCAGUUGAACUAUCUGUUCAUACAUCUUAGUCUGGGUGUGACCCAGAUACUGGUGUACAGGCUAGAAGAAGUGAGUUCUAGAGACCAGAGCCAGAAGACCCUGACUGCUUACAAAGUGACUGAUUCUGAUUUUCCCAUGAAUAAACAUUGCAAAGACGUGGAAGUGAUCGGAUGCUGUGGAAAAAAUCUGAACGUCGUGUUGCAUUAGAAUCAUAAUUCAGAUAAACUACUCAAGCUGGAAAAAAACUUUUUAAACUUAAAAAACUCAAUAGAAAGUUAAUAAAUAUGGAAAAACUGUAGUUGAUGUUAGACAUACAGAUUUGGCAUAUAGCUCAGUCAAGACUGUGCAUCAUUGUAACUAAAUUAAUGAUUGUGCCUAGCUUUAAGUGUUAAUAAUUGAAGUGAAGACACUUGUU